AUGAGGAAGUUGUGUCCUAAUUUUGACAAGGAAGAUGGGUUGGAGACCGUCCUUGAGGUGCCAAUUCCUGAGGAGAUGUUGGCCAGCAUGGGCACCAAUGGCUUCAAUCGGUGGCAGAACCUCCGAACUCUAAUGAAUGCUCAAUUUGUUGACAAGACAUUGUUGAACAAUGAAUUUUUGGUGCUGCUUAAGCUCGUUGGUGCUCCGCUUCUCCCUAUUCAAAUUUCAUCAGAACAUACUUUGACUCGCCCCCUCAAAGAUUGUUCCAUUCAAGACUCGACCGCUAAGUAUAUAGUUCAGCAGUACGUGGCAGCGACGGGAGGAGUGGCUGCAUUGAAUUCGUUGGAAAGUAUAUAUGCAAUGGGACGAGUGAGAAUAUGUAGUGGGUCGGAGAUUCAGGAAGGUGAAUUUGAAGCAAGAGGGAAACCUGAAUUGGGAGGGUUUGUGUUAUGGCAGAAGAAUCCAGAUUCGUGGUGCUUGGAAUUGGUUGUUUCCGGUUACAAGGUCAGUGCAGGUUGUGACGGUAAGAUAGCUUGGAACAGCUCUUCUUCGCAACCCUUUCAUGCAAACAAAGCCCCUGCUAGACCCCUUCGUCGUCUUUUCCAGGGACUGGACCCAAGGUGCACAGCAAACUUGUUCCUAGAGGCAGAAUGUGUGGGAGAGGAAACCAUCAACAACGAGGUUUGUUUCAUGCUCAAGUUCCAAACGGAACAACAAAUUCUCCAAGCACAGAGCACGUCCAACACUGAGAUUGUGAUGCACACCAUAAUGGGGUACUUUAGCCAACGCACGGGGCUGCUGGUGAAAUUCGAGGACACCAAGUUGGUGAAGAUGAAGGCCAUGAAAGGCAAAGAGACCGUGUUCUGGGAAACUACGAUUGAGUCCUUGAUAGAAGAUUAUAGAUACAUAGAUGGCAUUAACAUAGCCCACGGUGGGACCACAAUGGCGAAGCUUUAUAGGUACGGUGAGGGGCAAAAUCACAAACGUAUGAUUGAGGAAAGGUGGACGAUUGAAGAGGUUGAUUUUAAUAUUGUUGGGUUGUCCAUGGAUUGCUUUCUCCCUCCCUCUGAUGGAGAGAGAGAACAACAGGAUGGUGCAGAGAAUGCAGUGGGAAUGGGAUAG